GGGUGGCGCUUUUGCUCUCGCUCAGGCUCCCUUUGAUAUUAAUAGUGUUGGUGUCUUGAAACUGACGUAAUGCGCGGAGACUGAGGUCCUGACAAGCGAUAACAUUUCUGAUAAAGCGCUGAUCGCCUUGCAAUCUCCCCCCCUCAAAAAAAGCCUUCUCUCUCCCCCCCCCUUCCUCUCUCUCUUCCUCCUCCUCUUUUGGGGGGGCUUGUUGUUUCCUCUAGAAGCCAGCCUGCUUCUCUCUGCCUCUCUCUCUCUCUGCCUCUUUUAUAAACAUAGCCGGGCACAUCCAGGUCCUCCGCUCCUUCCCUCUUUCUCUCUCUCCCCCCAUCCACAGAAGGGGGGGGUGAGGAAGGGGGGGUGGAAAGACAGAUCCCCCCUUAGCCCCUUCCUCCUCUCCCCCUUCCUCCUUUCUCUGCUUUUCCUCCUUCCUUCCCUCUCCUCUUCUCUCCCCCCCCCCACCUCGCCGGUUCCAAAAUAAUCCAAGAUCAACUCUUGUUGCAAACAACGGGGAGAGACGGUUCAUGGCUCAAGCGGCAGUGCCACCAUCUUCCAGGCGGCUGAGGUUAUUAUUAUUAUUGCUGAUUAAUCAACAGAUUUGCAGAUCAGCUCUCAAAAUGUCUUCUGUGUCUUCCGUGUACCUUCCAAGCCACUUGCAUUAGUCCUCCUGCUAGUUGACUAAUAGAAUUAAUAACUUUAAAAGAAAAAAUACAAAAAACAAACAAACAAAAAAGCAUUCUAGAGCCACAUGCCUUAUGAAGUCAAUGCUGGGUAUGAUUUUACAAAUAUGGUCCGGAAAAAGAAUCCCCCUCUGAGAAACGUUGGUAGUGAAGGUGAAUCCCAGACCCUCAAGUCGCCAGGGAUCGGAAGUGACGAUACUGAAAGGAAGCAAGAAUUUUCUGCCGGUCAGAUGCAAGAAAAAGCUGAGCAGGGCGAGGCUGUGGAGCCAAGUGACAAGGAGGGGUGUUGCACGCAUGUCCCGGAGUCAUCUCCCAGCACUAAAAAGGACUUGAAAAGUGCAGCACCGAGUGAGAAGGCUGGCUUCAAUUAUGAAAGCCACAGCAAGGGAGGAAAUGUUCCCUCCUUCCCUCAUGAUGAGGUGACAGACAGAAAUAUGCUGGCCUUCUCAUCUCCAGCUGUUGGGGGAGCCUCAGAGCCCUUGAAGUCUCCCCUCAGAUCAGAUGCAGGUGAUGCCCAGGAUGUGGUCUGCACCCCAACGAGAGAUCUGUCGGAGAAAAGCGAAGAGCAUCAGGCAUCGCCGAAAGCUACAGAUGAAACUGCGCAUGUGCAGAGCGGUCCAGCCGAGCGCCCAGGCUCAAGCCCAACCUCGGCGGCCUCAAAGAACCCACAAGUGCCUUCUGAUGGGGAGUUAAGGCCAAGCAAAUCCAAAGCAGAUUUGUUGACAAAUGAGAACCCAGAUACAGCGCCUCUGUCUCCAGAACUUCAGGACUUCAAAUGCAACAUCUGUGGCUACGGUUACUAUGGGAAUGACCCCACCGAUCUCAUCAAACACUUCCGCAAGUACCACCUAGGGCUGCACAACCGCACCAGGCAGGAUGCAGAACUUGACACUAAAAUUUUGGCUCUCCACAACAUGGUGCAGUUCAGCCACUCCAAAGACUUCCAAAAGGUCAACUGUUCUGUGCUGUCAGGGGUCCUUCAGGACAUUAAUUCCCAAAGGCCUGUCUUGCUCAAUGGGACUUAUGAUGUGCAGGUGACUUUAGGUGGGACCUUUAUUGGCAUUGGUCGCAAAACUCCAGAUUGCCAGGGCAACACCAAGUAUUUCCGCUGCAAGUUCUGCAAUUUCACCUACAUGGGCAAUUCAUCGACAGAGCUGGAGCAGCACUUCUUGCAGGCCCACCCAAACAAAAUAAAAUCCUCCCUUCCUGUGUCUGAAUCCAGCAAAGCUUUGGAGAAGAACUCCAGUAAGCCCAGUCCCACCGUUCGAUCGUGCGAGGCUGGAGACCUGGGGAAGUGGCAGGACAAGAUCACCAUCAGAGCCGGAGACGACACGCCAGUUGGUUAUUCGGUGCCCAUCAAGCCUCUCGAGCCCUCAAGACAAAACGGUACGGAUGCCUCCAGUUACUACUGGUGCAAAUUCUGCAGCUUUAGUUGCGAAUCGUCCAGCUCCCUCAAACUGUUAGAACAUUACAGCAAGCACCACGGGGGGAGCCAGGCAGGGGGCCUUCACCCAGAUCGGAAUGACAAGCUUUCGAGGGGGUCGGUCAUUAAUCAGAAUGACUUAGCCAAAAAUGCAGAUGGAGAGUUAGCAGCCAAGACUGAGAAGGGCUCUAGUGUGGCAAAAAGGAAAGACUUCUCCAGCUCAGGAGCGGAGGACAACGUGGUGACGAGCUACAAUUGUCAGUUUUGCGAUUUUAGGUACUCUAAGAGCCAUGGCCCAGAUGUAAUAGUGGUGGGGCCUCUUCUUCGUCAUUAUCAGCAGCUGCACAACAUUCACAAGUGUACCAUUAAACACUGUCAGUUUUGCCCCCGAGGCCUUUGUAGCCCAGAAAAGCACCUUGGAGAAAUUACUUAUCCUUUUGCUUGCAGGAAAAGUAAUUGUUCCCACUGUGCUCUCUUGCUCUUGCACUUGUCCCCUGGGAUGCCAGGCGGCUCCAGAGUCAAGCACCAGUGUCACCAGUGCUCUUUCUCCACUCCUGAUGUAGACGUUCUCCUGCUUCACUAUGAAACCACACACGAAGGCCAGGCCUCUGAAGUCAAGCAAGAAGCUAAUGCCCUGCAAGGGGUGGACGGGCUGUUGACUGUCAAAGAAAGCAAAGAACACUCGUGUACCAAAUGUGACUUUGUCACUCAGGUAGAAGAGGAGAUUUCUCGACACUACAGGAGAGUUCAUAACUGUUACAAAUGCCGUCAGUGCAGCUUUACAGCUGUUGACACUCAGUCCCUACUGGAUCACUUCAACACUGCACACUGCCAAGAGAUGGACAUCACCACAGCCAACGGGGAAGAUGGCCAUGGGGUGGCUGCUGCUCUCAAGGAGGAGCCCAAAGUUGACCUGAAGGUCUACAGCCUGAUCAGUCCAGAUCCCAAAAUGGGAGAGCCGGUCUCUGAGUGCAUAGUAAAGAGGGAAAAACUGGAUGAGAAGGAAGCAGCAAAAGAGAAAAGUUGGCCUGAUGGCUCUGGUGACGAUCUUCGUGGUACGGCUUGGCGAGGAGUGGACAUUUUGAGGGGAAGCCCAUCCUAUACACAAACAAGCUUGGGCCUUCUGACCACAGUGUCAGUGGGCCAAGAGCAGCCAAAGCCCCUACGGGAUAGUCCAAAUGUAGAAGCUGCCCACCUUGCACGGCCUGUUUAUGGCUUGCCUGUCGAGACCAAGGGGUUCCUCCAGGGGGUGCCCCAAGGAAGUGGAGAGAAACCUGGGCCACUCCCUCAGCAGUAUCCUGGAUCUGGAGACAGCAAGUCAAAGGAUGAAUCUCAGUCACUCUUACGGAGACGUAGAGGCUCGGGUGUUUUUUGUGCCAAUUGCCUGACCACAAAGACCUCUCUCUGGCGAAAGAAUGCAAAUGGAGGAUACGUAUGCAACGCGUGUGGUCUCUACCAGAAGCUUCACUCGACUCCCAGGCCUUUAAACAUCAUUAAGCAGAACAACGGUGAGCAGAUCAUUAGGAGACGAACGAGAAAGCGCUUUAACCCAGAGGCCCUUCAGGCUGAACAGCCAAACAAACAGCAGAGGGGGAGCAGCGAGGAACAAGUCAAUGGCAGUCCGCUAGAUAGGAGGUCAGAGGAUCAUUCGACAGAAGGUCACCAGAGAGAAAUUCAGCUUCCCAGCCUGAGUAAAUAUGAAGCCCUGGGUUCAUUGACUAAAAGCCAUUCUUCUCCGCAGUCAAUAUUGGUCAGCCAAACUGCUCUGGAUAUUCACAAAAGGAUGCAACCUUUGCACAUUCAGAUAAAAAGUCCUCAGGAAAGUACCGGAGACCCAGGCAAUAGUUCCUCCGUAUCAGAAGGAAAAGGAAGCUCAGAGAGAGGCAGUCCGAUAGAGAAAUACAUGAGACCCGCAAAGCACCCGAACUAUUCGCCACCCGGAAGUCCCAUUGAAAAGUAUCAGUACCCGCUCUUUGGGCUUCCACUUGUACACAAUGACUUUCAAAGUGAAGCUGACUGGCUGAGAUUCUGGAGUAAAUAUAAGCUGUCCGUUCCUGGGAACCCACACUACUUGAGUCAUGUGCCUGGCCUACCAAAUCCUUGCCAAAACUAUGUGCCUUAUCCCACCUUUAAUCUGCCUCCUCAUUUUUCAGCUGUCGGAUCCGACAAUGACAUUCCUCUCGAUUUGGCGAUAAAGCAUUCCAGACCUGGGCCAACUGCAAACGGUGCCUCCAAGGAGAAAGCUAAGGCACCCCCAAAUGUAAAAAAUGAAGGUCCCUUGAAUGUAGUGAAAACGGAAAAAGUUGACCGAAGUACUCAAGACGAACUGUCAACCAAGUGUGUGCACUGUGGCAUUGUCUUUCUGGAUGAAGUGAUGUAUGCCUUGCAUAUGAGUUGCCAUGGUGACAGUGGACCUUUCCAGUGCAGCAUAUGCCAAUAUUUUUGCACGGACAAGUAUGACUUCACAACUCACAUCCAGAGGGGCCUACAUAGGAACAAUGCACAAGCUGAAACGAAUGGCAAACCUAAAGAGUAAAACAAACAAACAAACAAACCUUAGCACUUAGCACAAUUAAACAGAAAUAGGUUUCCUUGAUGGGAAUUCAAUAGCUUGUAAUGUCUUAUUAAGCACUUCAUAUAGCAAGCAUGCCUUAUCCAGUAUACAAUCCUCCAUUCUCCUCCCCCCCCCCUUUUCCUUUCUUUAAAUGAAAAAAAAAGUUAACUAAGAGGGAAAAGCAAAAUGGAUGGCAGCUGGAAGGGGGGGCAGGUAUAAUCACUUGGGACCUGUCCCACCAAAACUAUACAGAAGACACUAUAUCAGGGCAAGUAUCUUUGACAAACUUAACCAGACAACUAAUGCUUUUGUUCUUGUGCAAGAAACGCAGCUGGCUAGAAUGCAAAGAUGUGUAAUGCUGACGCAGGUGUACAGUAACAUAUGCAUACUGUAUAGCGAAAUGGACUUGUUAAAAUAAACUGAUGUCCAGAAAUCUAGUAGUAUUUUUUUAUUAUUUGGGUUCACUUUGGCCUUAUUAGAAUGUGCCAUGGCAUUGUCAUUUCCACCAUCUGGAGGCAGUAUUUUUCUCCAGAUGUGCCUCGUGCUAAGCUCCUAUUUGAUCGCUUGACCUUGUGGUCAACCUCUGUUCUCCUCCGUCUUUGCAUGUCUAGAGCAACGAUAGAUUGAACAAUUUAAAACUCUGCUGAACCAGGAACGACAAUGAGAGCAUUUAAGACUAUAAAGGCCACUCUGUACUGUUCCUUCCCUCCCCUCCCAGUGUGGAGAGGAAAAGAAAAUUAAAAUUAAAAAAAAAAAAGAACUCAGGAAAGACAGAAAUGAAAGGAGUUAGGUCUAAAAAACCCCCUGUAUAUGUGCAGAGAAGACCUUCACCUUUCCAGUCUGCCUCAUAAGCUUAGAAGGAUGUGGGAGGGCCCCUUAAAUGGAGAUUGUGCUAGAGUUCAGCACAAAGAAAGACCUGGGGUCGCAAACCACAUCUCAGGGGAUUCUGGGUAAUAUGCUUUGGCCAAACUAUAAGUUGGCGGAGUACUGUUCUGUAGAGAAGAGCUCCGUCUGAUGUCUCCAAUAGGGAAGCUACUUUACAAACUUGAUUCGCAUAGUAUUAAUUUUUUUUUUUAAUUAGCUGCUUUCUCGAUUUCGCUUCCGAGUGGGAGUGUAUGAUUGAUCUCCCAGAAGGCCUUUGGUUAUUUAUAUGCAUUGGUCAAUCUCUUUGCUAGGCUUCAUGCCAGCUUUUGCUAAGGUAGUAUGGAAGAUGCCUUCAUAGCCAUUUUCUUAUUUUUAAUACUUAAAAAAAAGCUUUUGUAAAACUAUUUCAUGAAGGGAACGCUCCUCAGCAUAACUGCUCAGGGAAAUAGGGCUAAAAAACUAAAUAUUCAGUCAUUGGCUCAAGGUGCUGUUAGCUAUGCCUCCUAUAGAUGCUACAAGGAUCAACAAGAAAUGGACUUCGAUAUUUUUUUUUCCCGUUUCUCUUGGCCCAGCCAGUAGUUUUUUUUUUUAUUAUUAUUAUUAUUAUUUUUACGAAGGUUGAUGUACAAGAGAUAUUACAAGCUACUGGAUGUUCUGUCAGAUUAACUUAUUUCAUUUAAGAAGUUGGGAGAACAAAUAGGAAAAAAAAGAACUUAUUUUUCUAGUAAAUAUUAAUGUAUUACAUUUCAAAUAAUGGUGCCUGACAUAUUGAAUAAUUAUUUUCUACAGUGUACGUAUGCAACAAAGAUAUUCCAUCAUGCGUAAGAUGCAGCGCUGGCUCAGCCUCGCUCUGUUUACAUUUGCAAAUGUAGCAAACAAGGUAAUGAAGCAACUUUCUAUUGCAGUAGGUAUCUCUCUCUUGGUGUGUGUGUGUGUGUGUGUAUGUGUGUGUGCGCGCGUGCAUUAAAAAUUGUAAACGGUAACAUGAAAUGAAUGGACUUUGUUGAUAUUAAUGGUAUCGGGGGGAAGAAGCAGAAAGAAGGAAAUGAAAAUAUUUUUAUGUCUACUUAGGAGGGAGAAAAAGGGUAGCACUGUUCAUUCCAAGUACUUUUUUUUUUGUAUUCUUGAGCUCUUAACUCACAUUGUUAUGCUUAAAAUGAUAAACAUAUAUCCUCUUUUUAUUGCUUUGUCUAUGUUUCAGAGGAAACAUUUCAGAGAUUAUGUUGAGAGGUGCCAUCUGACUGCUUGGCACUGUUUUGUUUUGUUUUUUUUUAAUUGCAUCCUUGUAGUAACAUUGCACUCCCACUCUUUGUCCAUAUUACACAGUCGCU